CCUCCAUCCUCCCCCCCCCCCUCUCUCCUCCAGUUGCCAUCAGCCCCUGAGCCAUGGAGGGCGAUGCACCCCCGUCGGGUGAGGAUGGUCAGUCCCUGCUCUGGCGCCAAAGCAGGAAGACGGGCUGUUCCAACAUCUUUGCGGGGGUGAACCUGCGGCAGCUGCGGAGGCUGUUCCACGUGGCGGGGGACAGGGAUGCGGAGCACAGGGCUCGGCUGGUGUGGGGGCGAGGACGGGGAGGCAGGGGGGGAGGAGAGGAGGCGGAGGAGGCGGAGGAGGAGAGGAAGGAGGAGGAGGAAGGAGGCGUGCUAGCCCAGGCCCUGGUGGGGAUGAGAGCCAGAGCGAGGACCAGGAUGGGCCGGAGGGCAGAGGGACUCCGAGAACCUCGCUGGCUCAGAGCCUUCGGACAACUGAGGAUCAGAGAAGGCUCUCUGGUGCCCCCUGGAGGCGAGGAGGGGGACGACCCCACCCCAGACCAGUCAGCUGACGCGGAGGGACCAUUGGUUGAGACGGAGAGAACCUGUGAGAGACCACCCUGCUCACCCGGUGGGUUUACCACCUGGAGGUCAGGGGUCAACCGACAGGAAGUAAAGAAGGAUCCGGAACGCUACCUCCAUCGCAUCCUCCACUGACCUCACAACCCCUUCUCCACCAAUCGGUGUGGGGCAUUGUUAUUUCAGAGUGGUUGUUUCCGGGAGGACAAGCGGACCAAUCAACCAAUCAAGAUACCUUUUGACUCAUGUUCUGGCGCUGAUUGACGCUGUCAAUCAAAAGCUGUGACAUCAUGAAGACCCUAUCGACAUAGUAAGUCUGAGCAAGACAACCACAGUUCUAUCUCACUGUGUGUGUGUGUGUGUGUGACACACUAAAGUCACGCCGAGAAGCUGCAAGGUCUAAGACAAUGUCCUUCACCCCCAAUUAAAAACCUGACAAGGGUUUUGUAUUAAUAAUUAUGUUGUUGUAAUGUUUCAUUAAAUACAUACA